AGUGGGUCCCAUCAGACACGUACUCAUACUUGUGAGGGCCCAGCAGCGCUUAUGUGCCAUGCUUCUCCUUUAGUGGACACUCCCCCAUCUUGGUUCACACACCCUCCGUUUACAGACUGGAGCACUGCAGUCUUGACUGCCACAGGCUGUUAAAAUCGGACAACUCCACUGCCAAGGUGGAGAGAUUAUCUGUCAGAGAAAACCAGAGGAGGCUCCCAGAAACAGGAUAUCCUUGACUCUCUCGUUAACAACAUGGGAGCUGUCAUCUCACGGUGGAAGGCUAAACAAUCCACUGUGGAGAUUUUGGAAGGAAUCGAUAAGGAUAUACAGACUCUGGAGGAAUACAGUGAGAAGUAUCAAAGGCAGUUGAAGAUAUGGGUUGGGCGGCUGCUUCUGUACUCGUUCCUUUCCUACCUGAUCACAUGUGUAGUUGUGUAUUUCUGGUACCUGCCGGAACAGUUGAUGGGACGGCUCAUAUUGUCUCUUCCCUUCCUAUUAUUUCCAUUAUUAGUUUGGUUACUUCGAAAAAUGCUUAUAAUUAUUUUUUCACGAAGAACUGAAAAAAAUGAUGAAAAAUUGGAGGAUUUGAAAGCUCAGAAAAGGAAAAUACUUGAAGAAGUUAUGGAAACUGAGACAUAUAAAAAUGCUAAAUUGAUUCUGGAGAGAUUUGAUCCCGAUUCCAAGAAAAAAAUGGAGCUUGAAUCCACUCCUAUUGGACCUCAGAUGACUCCAAAAGCUGGACAAGAGCUCCGCCAGCGCAAUGUCAUCCCAAAAACCCCUGCAAGUGGAGCUGCUGCCCGCCCUCCUCUUGCCUCUGGGCCCACCUAUCCUGGACGAUCUUCCCACUCUGCUCCAGGCGGACCCCCAGAGAGGAACCUGUCGGCUAUAGCUGCUCAGCAGAGCUUGAUGAGGAAGCCUGUGACCCCUGGAACACCUGUUCCAGGAGUCGGACCACCCCUGGCCAGACCCGUGCUCCCAAGGGAAAGAGGCGCUAUGGAUAGAGUCAUUGAGUAUCUUGUUGGAGAUGGCCCUCAGAACAGAUACGCUCUCAUAUGUCAGCAGUGUCUGUCUCAUAACGGCAUGGCAUUAAAAGAGGAAUUUGAAUACGUUGCCUUCAGAUGUGCAUAUUGUUAUUUCCUGAACCCUGCAAGAAAGACCAGGCCGCAGGCACCCCGGCUUCCCGAGGUCACAGGUGACCUGAAGCCGACAUCCGACGCAUACUUACCAUCGUCUGGUGCUGACGAAGAUGACAGCCAGUCUGCUUUAGGGAAAAGCAAACUUGCUGAUGCGUCUGCUGAAGCAGACACCCAAGAGCCAGGCACACCAACAACCACAGAGCCCAGCUCUGCGUCAGACGGCCAAACCACCCCUGAGUCACAGGAUCUGCCCUCAGAGAAAUCUGACGGGGAGCAGGAUUUGUCUGCCAUGGAAGUGGAAUAAAACAGUGUAGAAGUGAGUUCACCACAAGUCCGGCUUAUAUUUUCCUUUGAUCAAAUGUGAUAACGGUUAACUUGUAAGGAAAUGCCUUGAGUUGGAAUAACACGGUAAAUAAACAAGUCAGCAGCUGAUAUUUCUUUCGACUUACAGUGCAGAAUGUCCUUUCUUUUCGAGAACUGCUUUUAUAGAUCUAGUUUUAGUGAUGGAUUGAAUAUUGAAUUGUCAAACACUAGCAUUUGGUAGCAGCUGUCAGACAAAUGUUCUCCCAGUAUGAAAACAUGUUCAGCCCAUUUUCUUAACAUCGAACUGAGAGCGAUAAGGACUAUAUUUGCUAAUUUUGCUGUUUUUGAUGUGAUAUAGGAAGAGUCUUUUUUUCCAUGUUUUCUUUAUUUUGUUUGUUUUUGCCUGACAAUAUUCUAUCUGGGAUAAAUUGGAGACUACAGAAGCUAAACAGGAACUGUUUUGUGGGAAAAUAAAUUUUUAUUUAUGGGAAAUUAUUUAUAAAUAUUUUUCUACAAUUCCGUGCCUUUCAUGACGGUGUUGACUAAGGUACUUUGCAGCACGGUGGUGCUAACCUGUUUACACAACCAUGGUUCUACAAUGGGAAAGCACGUACAGUAUGUAUUUAUUGUUAAAAAACAGAUGGAAAGGAGAUUUAUGUCAGUUCUGUGCACCUGCCCAUAAGUGCUUUUUAUAUUUUCAGUCUCUGCCUCAGAGUAUUAUUGAUAACACAAAUAGUAAAGUCAUUUAACUGUUUACAGACAGUAUGUGUUUGCUGAAUUCCUGUUCUGUAUGAAUAGCUCUAAAUAAACUUUUGAGAAUA